AAACAUAUAAAACGAGAUAAUUAUAAUCGGAAUAUGUAGAUAAAUAUAAAAAGUACAUAUUAGCAGAGCAAAAAAGGAACAUGAUUGCUAAUGUAUUCAGAAAACAGUGAUUGGAUCUGUAAUAUUUGUAAAAAAUAGACAGGAGACAAUGGCUUUAGCAACUAAAACAGUGACUUUCAAUGCUGCCACAAUUGGCCCACAGUCUUGGAGAAAUAACACAGUCAAAGGAAUAAAGUUAUCACAAAAUGUUGUUCAGAGAAGUGAUAAAUCUUGUGAAAUAGGCAAAGCUUUGGAUCCCCUCCCACAUCUUAGAGACACUCUAGCGCAACUAAGCAAUGAUGAGGCAAGAAGGUACUUUCGUGAAGUACGAGCUGUUGUUACCAAACUUCGAGAAAGUUUACUCGAAACUAACGAAGAAAUCAAAUCGCUAACCAGAGGAAAAGAGGCGCUUGAAAAAGCACUGGAACACAAACGUAAAGAUUUAAUGUUAAACAGAGAAAGCACAGAUAUCAGAAUGUCUAGACCCGCAAGAGAAAAGGAUCGUGAUGGAGCUGAUGAUUUACUUGGAGCCGAGCGUCAGCAUUUGCUUAACUUGAAGAGACAACUCGAAGCCCAACUGAAACUAGUCCAACAACAGCUACAGGUUUUGGAUGGGGCUAGAAGACGCUUGGCAGGAACCGUCCAAGAACGCUCACGUGUUCUCGAUCUUAUCUGUCACGCUAUCUCAUCUGUCAACAAUUUCCCGAUUCACUCCCAAACAGGAUCCGGCCGAUAUGGUCUACCCCCAGCUGACCCUUUGGGAUCUUUCACCCCCGAGGCGGAACAAGCACUACAACAGGCUGAUGAUGCCAGAGGACGCUCUAAUCAUCUACGUUAUGAACUCCGGGAUUCAAUUGACCGAACAAACCGUUUACAGAAAUCUGCUGCUAAAUCAGUUAAUGAUGGAAUGACAGGGAAAAUUGCUGAGACUAUUGGACUCAAGCAACACUUGCAAGUGACAGCUGGAGAGAAUCGUCAUGCAAUCCACCGGUCUCAGCGCUGGUAUGAUGCGACCGAUCGUGCCCGAGGCUACUCUCUAGGCCCAGAGCUUUACUCUGAUUUGGUAUCCAAAGAGAGGCUUGACAGACCAAUUAUUCGUGUAUUGCAACGACAUCCUGGAACUCAACUACCAGAAGCCCAAGGAAUUAUUAACGGUGGAAAUGGUCUUUUAGAAUCACUCACAUCCACUAGCAGAAAUAUAGGACUACUAAAGCUUUCGAAACUUAACAUAGAAAAAGACAUUCUGGACAAAAAUAAGGCCAGCGAAAUAGACUCUCAAAUAGUACGUUUACGUCGUCGCCGUGGCAAUCACCGAUGGGCAAUGGGAGAAGCGUUUUAACUGCUGAUUACGAAUAAAAAAUGAACAUUACAUCACAAACGUUAAGGAGAAGAAAGUCAUUCUUUGAAUUUGUUUAAAUGUUUGUACUGUUUUUUCGAAAAUGUUUGUGAUAAUGUUUUCUGCAGUAUUGUCAUCAGUAUUCAGUAUUGACCAAAAACAUAAUAUAUAACAAGGUUUAGGGGAAUAUCAACAAUAUUAUAUUAUAUCGCACAUUUGCAUUAAAGUAGUUUAGAUACUGGUUUAAAAACCCUUGCCACAUUUUUAACUCAUAUAUUCUUAACUUUUCUUUGUCAACUUUUCUCUAACGAUUAUUUUCAGCAUUUACACAAAUCCUUCAACUUAUCAAACCUAUGCACGUCAGAUUAAACUUAUAAAUUUAACUAUGGAUGAGACACCAACAGAAUUAGCAUUUAAAGGCAAGAUGUCACAACGAAACAGUAUUUAGUUACUAUAGUAAAGUAGUAUUACAAUUAAGUAUUAAAGCAUUAUUACUAACUCACUGCUAAUGUUCUCAAAAUAUGCAAAAUUAUGCAUUAAUUGAAAUUUAAUGUAGCGAUCAUGCUCUUAAAAAUGAUCAGUAUUUGCAUGGGGCCAUGCUCCAAGUAGUAUUAUGAUGUCAUCACAUCACUAGGCCUUAUUUUUGUGCCUUCUAUAUCUGUUUCAACUUUACUAUAUUCUUAUACAUUUUUACUAUGUAUGAUUUUAAAAAGAAAAACCGUGUCACAGAUUCAAUAUAGAUCAUGUAUAUUUAUUUACAGAUUGUAGAUAAUCUGAUUGUUUUUUCUAGAGAUGCAUGUUGUAAACUUUAUAAUUGUAAUAUUUUUGAAUCUGUAACUGUAAAAAAUAUCAAAGUGGUCGAAAAGUCAAAUAUUUAAUUAUUAUUCAUAUGUGGUGAAUUUAUAGCAAGAAAUGAAGUUCAUGUAACUAAGAUAUAAACAUGAAGUUCAUGAUACUCAGAUAGUGAAUUGACUGAGAGAGCCAGAUUAAAAUCAAAAUAAUGAACUUAACGACCACAAUGAUUCUCUACCUUGAAUGGAACUAGAUUUCAUGUAUUUCCAAUCUUUUCGUUUGAACCAAUUGUAAUCACUUAUGAAAUUAAAAUUUACAUAUGCAUAAGUGCCGAUGUACAACGCAAUACUCUACUCAAUAAUGCCCAGCUUUAAUGGACAUUUGGUAGUUUUGCAAAUUAUAAUGUUAUAUAUUGGUAUAUUUUUUAUCAAAUCAUGGUGUUACACUACUGAUGAUCAGAUAUGUGACUUCAUCAGAUGUGUGACAUCAUCAGUGAUGUAACGCCAACAAUAUAAGAAGUGUCACAAAUCGACAGCUCAGAGCUGUAUUGUAAAUAUUACCUAUGCAAAUAAAAAUAUGUCAUAUUAUAUAAA